AUGGCCGACAGUUUCCACGAUUAUAACGGGCUUGCCUCGACGACGCGGCCAGUUCGCAAGAAGUUUGCCAAACCGCCUGUGAAGUGUGUCAGCAAAGAUCGUGAAUGCUCAUAUCUUCCUAGCAAGAGAGGCGGUCCACGGAAAAAGAAGGAAAAGACUUCUGACUCGCCAGAGAAAGAGUCUAGGCAAGAUGAUGCGCAAUAUGGUACUAUGCCUUCGCCCCGGGAGUUCGAAGAUGCAUCGGGGAUGUUUAGUCAAAUCGAUGAUCUCGCCCUACCUGGUGCAGGGUUGCGACAUCUCGAUCUCCAAUCCGAAACGCCAUUCAUGUUCCAGGGUUUCUUCACUGGCGAAGGGCAAUCACAUAUGCAAGUGCCUCCGAUGCCGCCGUCCAUGACCAGCUCCCAGUCCUUCGUUAGGACCUAUGGAAGUGAACCGGAGAUAUUGAACGCUUAUUAUGAUUUCAUCCAUAAUUAUUUCCCUAUUCUACCACCACGGGUCUCACCACCAUGCCGAGAUCGACCCUUGAAUGUCCCCGUUCCAGGUUCUAAUACACCCGAACCGAUGAUGAUGUAUCGACCCAGAUCACCGUUAAGUCUUGCAAUCUCCGCAAUCCUGGCUUUGAUCCCGCACCCAAGGGAUCUCGAACCAUCUUCUGCAGCAUCUAUCAUUCAACGCAGAGCCUACGCGCACAGGUUCGCCCAGCUUGCAAAUUCAACUAUCGAAGCCGAGUGUGAUCUUGACUUGUCGGCAACUGACCCCGGUCAGGCAUUGUCUGCAGCACGGCCUUUUGUUACACGGGAAAGGUUCCAUUCUAGGACGCCUGUGGACCUCGAGAGUCUUCUUGCCUUGUUGAUUCUUUCGGUAUAUGAAUAUGCGCAAAGGGGGAAUUUGCUUAAGAUGAGAUAUCGGGCUGGUCAGGCCUUGGCAAUUGCUUUGGACAAGUCGCUUUAUGCGCAGAUGGGAAAUGAUGAUGUUUCAGAAGCUAAACGGAGAGCUUGGUGGUUGACGUAUUAUUGCGUUAUGCAAGGGUCUAUUGUGAGCACGACGAUGCCUGCCAUUGUCAUUAAUGACCCCCAGUUUACGACACCAUACCCAACCUUCUCGUCUGAUACAGAGGGUUGGUCGAUUUUGAUACAGGCCCAACAAGUCCUGGUAUCAGCAACACAAUUCAUUGGAGACCUCAAUAAGUGCCUUACUUCGCAAUCAGGCCUGUACUAUAUGUUCGAACGCAUGCAACAACUGGAUGCAUGGACAACCGCUGUAAUCACUCAAGCAGAGUUACUUCCCAUCAUGCCCCAAUCAUCAGACUUCGGGGACCAUAACGAAUCCAUUACAGCGCUAAGCAUACGCGCAAUAGCCCGAAUCAAACUAGCCAGUGCCCAAAUCAAAACGCACCGCUUCCGAGCCUUCUCCGAAAUCCCAAUCUUCAUAAAGCGACACUGCGACCUAACAGCCGCAAACCCAAACACAACAACCUCGAACGAAAAACGCACCCUACCAAACUCAGGCAUAACCAAUGUAACCUGCUCCUGCAGCAACCUAGGCACGUUCCGCCGAGCCGCCUCAUCAGAAUACAUGACUCCCUCUGAUUCCUCAACAACAUCCUCCGAAAUCCACCCAGACAUGAACACCUACGCACCCCAAUACUCGCAAUACCCCUUCGCCUCGAGUUUCCCCUACAGCACGCAACAAUCAGCCAAAAUCUGUCUCCAGGCCGCUCUCGUUAUUUCUCGCAUGUUCCAGAGCUUGCCUGUUCCCGAGCCGCUCACUGAUAAUCAGCAGCAGCGGCACAGCCCAUUGCCGAGGACUAUGCCUUCGUUCGCGUGCUGUCUUAUGCAGAGUAGCUAUGCCAUGUUCAUGAUCUUUUAUAAGGCUCGUGUGGCGAAGCAGCUGUCUCUUGAUGCGGAUAAUGAGCAGAGUGGUGAUUCCACUGGGCAACUUAUUGAGGAGUUGAAACAGGGGUUGCAGCGGAUUGUUGCUGCUGUUUCGAAUUAUUCGCUUGCUUUUGAGGCGAUGGAUGGGAUGAGAGUAUUUUAG